UGUGUGUGUGCACGCUCUACUUUGAUCAAAAUAGGCUGAAAGUUGAGGCAGGUAGAUUUCCUCACGCGCCCCUUUCUACGUCACGGUGAGGCGUUUGGGAUACAUCUUUAAAUUGAUUAAAGAUAAAAGACAAAAUAACCUCUUCUUCUCUAAGUCAGUCUCGCUCUAUCUGUCACACACACACGCACACACACACACACACAGUAACUCAUACACCCCGCUACCCAUAAGAACAUAUGUUUACCUUUAAUUAAAACGGCCUCAUUUGAAAUCUGGUUUUGCCGCGGAGCGCGUGGGAGGCACUGGCGGCUCCAUCUCAGUGCAGCGCGAGAGGAGAAACGCGCUCGGAGACGUUGGCGCCUUGUCGACGUUUUCCAGCGAGAAUUUCACGCUACAUCAACACAACAACACAACGACUAGGUUCGUUUUACUUCUAGUGUUAGGCUAUUGAUCCUUGGGAGUGCUCGCGGGAGGAUUUGCUGCUUGUUUAGUUUUUUUAUUUUUUUAUAUGUGAAGCGACACAUUCUUGACGGAAUCCCCCUGCUGCUCGUGAGGAAAGAAAAACCUGUUCACCAUCGAACCCCACUGCGGUAACCAGCGCGAGACAACCCCCCCCACCCCCACCCCACCCCCCCCAAAAAAACAAUCGGAUCCAUUCAUGUUGAGGGCAGCGAAAGAGCCCGUGCGCCUGACGGACACCGUGGGGCUUAACGGCUGUGGGAGCGGAUCCUCAACUUGAAAGGAUUUAAAUGGUUUAAACUCGCCUGGCUUCGAGCUCCGGUGAUGGAGAUGUAGGGUGGAUUACUCCAAGCAUGACAAGUGGAAGUUGUGAGCUCGCGAGUUUUGUGAAGGAGGACACUCUAAAGAUGCGCGAGGGAGCGCGCUCUACAUCUAAGGACGUGCCCGUGAAGGAGAAGCAGCCGAUUCCAACGGAUUUACAACAUGUCAAAGCCGCGCGCGAAGCCACCGCCAAGGCUUCCUACACUCCGUGACGAGAAAGGGCUGGAUAAAUUGCGUGAUGGGUGGCGGCGUGGCUAUGCUGCGCGUGCGUCUGCUCUGCGUGUGUGUGUGUGUGUGCGCGUGCGUGUGUGCGUGCCUCGCUGCCCAGCGCCCUGCCGCGCUGCAGGUGGCGGUGAUCCUGGGCCAGACGCGGGCGCGCCCGGGCCCGGGGCGACGGCGGAGCCGGGCUUUGAGCCGGAGCUGUACCCGGGGCGGUUCGCCGUGGGCGACGGGCGCGUGGAGGCCCAUGUGGUGGCCCUGGGCCUGAACCGUACCGACCCGCGGAGCGUCCUCACCGGCCUCUGCGACCUCAUGGGGCGGCAGCCUCUCCACGGCCUCGUGUUCGGAGACGACGGGCACCAGGACGCCCCCCUCGCCCAGCUGCUGGACUUCGUCUCCGCACACACACUCAUGCCCAUCGUGGGCAUCCACGGAGGCUCUGCCAUGACCAUGGCACAGAAGAAUGUGUGA